AUGGCUUCGUCUCUUGCCGCGCAGCUGUCGCAAAUUGCGGCCAAGUCGACACAUGAACUGGAUCUGAAAGCGCAAAGAGUGUCACACUCACAGUCACUUAUUUUUGAUCAGAAGGUCGCUGGAUCUCAGGAUUUUGAUACGAUCUAUGAUAUUUGUUAUGAUGGGUUCCAGGAAUUGUGCUCUUUGGACCCACGCUUCGUGGAGUUUGGUCGCACGAUAUUCAGCGAGCAGAGCAAGGCCGAGGAUCGAAGUCAGAUGAACUUACAGCAAAACAAGGAACUGAAUAAUGCCUUGGAAGCAUUCCUAGCGUUGGUCGGCGGCCGACUGCAAUUAAGUCCGGCGGUCAAAGCAGUAGACUGGCUUGUGAGAAGGUUUAGGAUUCACGAAUUCAAUACAACCGCCGUGUUAUUGACGUUUUUACCCUACCACACCACGCCGCUCUUCCUGAACCUACUAUCAAUCCUCCCGGAAACCCUGACGCCAACUUUCAAAGUACUGAGUCCAUACAAGAAUAGUCUCAUCAACCCCCCAAGACAUCCACUUGUUCACAGCGCGGCGACGAACAAGUCUUUCUUUGCGGAAUUAAAUGAAUAUGUAUUGAACGUUUGCCGCCAGCAGGCGCAAAGCCAUGCAUUGCUCACCUUUUGGGCCGGAGUUGUUACAGAGGCAAUUGCGACAAUGCUUGAUGGUGCUCGUGCAGGGAGAAGGGAGGCAGAGAAGCAAAAGCAUGAAGAUAUUCUGUUGCGCGUACUGCCCGUCCUCAGCGCUGCUUUUACAAUUAAGAAUGUUCCCGAAUUGCUUGUUGCUUGCUAUAUGAUUUGUGUUGUACUAGCACAGAAGGCCUUCCUCUCAAACGAGGUCAUCGAGGGUCUAAUGGAGAGUGUUGUGGGCUCUUGGUCCGAAGAUACUAAGACAUCCGGUCUGAUCUGCCUGUCUGUUCUUGCUCAGCAGAAGCCCGUCAUCACAAUCCCAAAAAGGGUCUUCAAGGGCAUUCUCCGCCUCGGAAACCCCAUUGAACAGCUCUCGGAAGUUGCCUCGCAAUACCAGACCUCGAACUUGUUGCUUGGAAUUAUUGCCGGCUGUUUGACUGAUCUUGACAAGCAGGAUAAUGCCCGCCUUGAAAUCCUGGCCUCCAUCUUCGAGCGCAAGCUUCUCGGCCAGAACGAGAUCGGCAAGGCCAUGAGCUUGAUCCUCGAGGCAGCAUCUAACGCCGAUGAGACUCGCGGCAUGUCUUUGGACGCUCAGACGCAGCUCGCAGAGCUGGUGCAAGGAUUCAAUCGCUCUGAAACCCUCCAGCCUGUCUUCCAGAAAGUUUUGACUGGAUCGUCGUUCAACAUCUCAGCCCUUGAGCACAACCUCCAGACUGUUAUCGAGGCACCCGUUGCCACAGCUCUUAUUGAAGAUGUGGAGAUGGCCGAUGCAGAUGACCAGCCCGAGGUGGACGCAUUUACACCGGCCCUGGAAUCUUUGGUCAAGGAGCCUUUGUUCCCAUCCUCCUUCCUUUCCAAGCAGUCAAUUAUCGAAUUCGAUAACCUUGUGCGGGUGUUUGCCUUGGCUGUUGACUCUGAGCAAAACUUGGAGCUUUUCACCAAUCUCGCAAUUCUGGGCAAAUCCCAGGCAACCAAGUCUCCUCAGUAUCUGUCUUUCCUCGUCAGAGUCAUCACUGGUCCCUACCCGAUUGGUACGAAGAUUGCUGCUCUGAACUUGGUAUCAUCCGUGCUCUCGUCCGCACCCAGCGACUUCGAUCCCCAGGCUUUGCUGCCAUUCCUAUUUGUUGCUCUCUCAGAUCCUUCUGAGCGCAUUCGUCGCGAGACUGCUGGUAUCUUGGCUAUCAUUGGAUCUUUGUACAAGAGCUCAAAGGCCGCUGACAGCUCCAAGCCAUGGGCCCACGACACAAUCUACGGCAAGGGAAAGCAAUCCACGGGUGUUGUAUGGCUCUCAAACAACGAUUCACAGAAGGUUCUGGAGCGCGCAUUGCUUCCUGGACUGGAGGAGUCUAUUCUCGACUCCAACCACGUUCACCGCGCGGUGGAGGCUACCCUUCGCGGCAAUGUUUUGUCCGAAGACUCCGGUGCAUCCGAGCUCAAGAAGUCUCUUCGUAUUAGUCUCUUCACUUGCCUGUGUUCUCAUGUCGUCAGAAUCCCAGUCUUCUCCCCCAAGAUUGGUUUGCUGAAGCUUAUCAACAGCGUUGAGAAGGUUUCCACUGCAACCCUUACCAGUGAGCUGACUCCCAUGCUUGAAGAUUGGCGUCGCUUGAACGAGAAGGAAGUCGAAGAAAUCUGCAGCAAGGAGCGCAUUAUCCUCUCUGAGACCGAGGCUUUGAUUACUGCUAUUGUCACACCAAAGGACAAGGACGCCUUGGAUGUCCUCCUGUCUAAUGCCAGCUCUAGCGAUUCAUUGCGCCCGGCCUUCGUCGCGGCUUGCUUCACCCAGAUCAAGAACAUCUGGACGAAGGUCACGGAAGAUCGUCAAUUGGUUGCAGCCGAGAAGUUGUUGGAAAUUUCGCUUGGUGUUCCAGCUAACAACAGCUCUUUGAUAAACAACUGCCGAAACGUUCUUCGCACCAUUGAGCUUUCUGGUCCGGUGCUUCAACAGUUUGUCAAGAAGAUCCCCGUGUCUAUCACUGAUGUCGAGUCUAUUGGCCCUGCACCAAAGCGCAGACGUACGAGCCAGAACAACAUGAUAGCCAUGACUGUCAAGGACGAGGCUGAGCUUACCAAGUUGAUGGACAAGAUGACUUUCAUCUUGGAAAUUGUCGACAGCUCUUCCCCCGAAACUCACCCCGAGCUGGCCGAUGGAUUGUUCCAGACCCUUGCCGCCCUUCACCACUUCAAGUCCCAGAUCCAGUCUGGCAUGAGUUACCUCCUCAGCCUAACACUGGGAAGUCUGUUGGCUAUCGUCAACCAAUCCAAGGGAUCUGUAAAGCCCAAGUUCGACACAGCUGUCAUCCGGGCUGAUCUCGUCGUGGACUGCGUGCGUACUACCGAUAGCCCACAAGUCCAGAAUGUUGCUCUUCUCCUUGUCGGCAGCUUGUCUGUCAUUGCUCCUGAAUUGGUUCUUCACAGCGUCAUGCCAAUCUUCACGUUCAUGGGAACUAGUGUCCUCCGUAAGGACGAUGAAUACUCCGUUUCCGUCAUUGACCAGACCAUUGAUCAGGUCGUUCCUGCUCUCAUCCAGUCUCUGCGUAGUCAGAAGAGGGAUGUUGUCUCCGGUACCUCCGAGUUGCUUCUCAGCUUCACUGCUGCUUUCGAGCAUAUUCCCUCGCACCGCCGCCUGAGACUCUUCCAUGCCCUCAUUAGCAAGCUUGGAACGCAAGACUUCUUGUUCGCUGUCCUGGCCAUGCUUGCUAACCGAUACUCCACCGAUAAGGAUGUUCUCACUCUGAUGACGGGUCUGGUGUCAGACACUACACCCGUCGUUGAGCUUACUACUUACAGCAAGUACCUCAUGCUGAUCAGCGAUGCUUUCAAGGCCAAGCCCGGUAUCUCCCAGGUUCUUCUUGGAAUCGGAAGUGACGAUGGACGUGACCCCCAGAGCAUCUCAAUUGACCUGCUGCGGGAUCUUGCCCACUUGUUGAAGCAUUCCUCCCUUAAGUCCAAGCUGGAGACUGCCUUUGAAUCAGAUGGUGAGGUCGCCGACCAAUCCCGCGCUUGCUUCUCUCGAGUUUUGGAGCAAGUUCUCAACAUCGGCGAGGCGGUGCAGAGUAUGAAGCCCGUCAGCCAGGCCUGUGGCGAGGUCCUCGGAUCUCUCUUUAGUACCCUGUCCCUCGUUGACUUCCUCGACACCAUCGAGGUUCUCCUCCAAGGUCCCAACAACGAACUGCGCCGCAAGGUCCUCCGUCUGCUCGAGAACCGUCUCCGCCAGACCCCCGAGCGCGACAACCUGUCCCAGAUCCGCGUUCUCGACUUCCUUCCCAUCUUGGUCGGCAUCGUCGAGUCGUCCCCCGAUAUCUUGCUCAAGCAUGCCGCUGUUUCAUGCAUUGACCGCAUCACCGACAAGUACGGUCGCAAGGACCCGUCGAAGGUCAUUCCUGCUGCCCGAGUGGUUGCUAGCGAAUCUUGCAUCGGCCAGUCUGAUGACCGCAUUCGCUAUAUGGGUAUUCUCUGCUUGGCCUCCAUGACCGAGGUGCUGGGUCAAGCUAUGAUUCCCGCUCUCCCCGAUACGCUCAAGCGCUCCUUGGAGCUGCUGGAGUUGAGUUUGGUUUCUGGCAAGGAGAACUCCCGUCUCCACGAUGCCAUCUACACCCUGUUCUCUGCUCUCUUCGUCCACCUGCCCUUCAUGAUCUCUGCUGGUCACUUGGACAAGGUACUCCUGCUUUCCUUCAAGUCUGCCAAUGCCGACAUUGAAGAGAGCAGCGAUGAGAGCCGCCAAGAAUCUCUCCGCUUGAUGGCUCGCAAGGUGGAUGUGGCCGCUACUCUCGGUGCUGUCGAUCGCAACUGGCAGCGCGCUGUCGAGACUGGCCCUAUUGCCGUUAACGAGAUCUUGGAAGUCCUUACUCUUGCCGUUGACAAGCACCCCAAGUCUACGAUCGCCAAGAACAUCGGUGUCCUCACGAAGAUUCUCUUCAAGGCGUUCGAUCUGCGUCGUGAACAGAUUGCACUCGGCGACAAGGCUAUCUUCGAUUCGUCUGCCAUUGACGAGGCCGAGACCGCGCUUAAUGACGUGACAAUCAAGAUGAUCUACAAGUUGAACGACAGCACCUUCCGACCCAUCUUCCUCCGUUUCGUUGAGUGGGCCACUACUGGUGCCCCCAAGAAGGACGAACAGGCUCAAGUAUCGCGCCUCACGACUUUCUACAAGUUCCUCGAGGUCUUCUUCGGCACUCUCCAGUCCAUCGUCACCGGAUAUUCUAGCUACGUGUUGGAGAAUGUCGUCAGCGUGCUGAACACCACUGGACCCUCCAAGGCCCAAAAGACCCUCUGGCUCGCAGCCCUCCGCAUGCUCCGCAAGUCCUUCGAGCAUGACCAGGAUGAAUUCUGGCAAAGUCCUUCCCACCUCGCCAGCAUUUCAGGUCCCCUGAUCGCCCAGCUGGGCCAUGCAACCACAACCACAACCUCCAACAUGGUCAUCGCCGAUGUCGUCCCCACAAUCACAGAGCUGGCCAGUGCUGCAGACUCCACAGACAACCACAAGGAACUCAACUCCGCCCUGAUGAAGUACCUCCGUCCCUCGUCGGCGCCUAAUGCUCGCGGAGCGGGUGGCGACAGCGCCCACACCCGUCUCGCAGCCCUUAAGACCGAGCAGGCUCUCACUACGCAGCUUGGCGAGGAGUGGCUCGCGCUUCUGCCUGAGAUGCUGCCUUACAUUAGCGAGCUUAUGGAGGAUGAGGAUGAGAGUGUUGAGCGCGAGGUUCGCAAGUGGGUCAAGCAGAUUGAGAAGGUGCUUGGUGAGCGUCUCGAUGAUAUGUUGACUUAG